AUGUUGGGCCUUCGGUAUGCUCUGGACCUCGGUAGAGCGCGUGAUCUGCAAGAUAACAAACACUCGGUAAGACCUAGGACACCGGUGUGGAGUCUCCCAAGUUCUCUUUCGAGAGUUCUCGUAAGGGGACUUGAUAUUCUCUUCGGCAGGAAAAUGCUAUCCUACCGUUCGGUAACUCGGUGGAUGGAGGGGCUCAAUCUUGGCACUUCCGUGCGUUCCCGUCCGGAAGCUGACGUCGGGGGAGUCAGAAGGUCGCGUUCCCCUCCUUGCCCACCCUCAAGACGCUCUGCCAAUUACAAGCCAAAUAUUUGGAAGGAUGGUUUCCUUGAAUCUCUGAACAGCAAAUAUGUUGGAGAUGAUUAUACAAGGCAGUCUGAGAAUCUAAUAAAAGAUGUGAAGAAUAUGAUUUUUGUUGAAACUGAAGAUUUGAUAGCUCAAUUGGAGCUAAUUGACAGAAUUGGAAAACUAGGCCUCACGAACCACUUUGAAAAGGAAAUCAAGGAAGCCCUAGACACUGUAGAAAAUAGCAACCCUUGCAUAACAGAGAACCUUUAUGCUACUGCGUUGCACUUUAAGAUCCUCAGGCAGCAUGGCUAUAAAGUAUCGCAAGAUGUUUUUGGUGGCUUCAUGGAUGAGAAGGGUGCAUUAAAGGAAAGCAAUUUUUGGGAUGUCAAAGGCAUGCUUGAACUUUUGGAGGCCUCAAACCUGGCUUUUGAAGGCGAAAGGAUCUUAGAUGAGGCCAAAGCCUCCUCUACGGUAGCUCUCAGAGGUUCCAAAGUCUGGAAUCUGGACAAUAACCUUGCCAGGCAACUGGUCCGUGCUUUGGAGCUUCCAUCACACCGAAGAGUAGGGUGGUUUAAUGUCAAAUGGCAAAUACACGCCUAUGAGAAAGACAAUCACGCCAACACCAUUUUAUUACUUGAAUUGGCUAAACUCAACUUUAACAUGGUUCAAGCAGCACUGCAAAACGAUCUAAGGGAAGUAUCCAUGUGGUGGAACAAUCUGGGCCUCAAAGAACACUUGAAGUUUGCGAGAGAUAGACCGGUCGAGUGCUUCAUGUUUGCUGUAGGAUUAAAUUUCCAUCUUGGCUACACAUCUUUUAGAAUUUUGCUUAGUAAAGUCAUCAACUUGAUUCUGAUAAUAGACGACGUUUAUGACAUUUAUGGCUCAUUGGAAGAGCUAAAGAUCUUCACCAACGCCGUCGAUAGGUGGGAUGUUGGGGUAACCGAGCAGCUUCCAGAGUGUAUGAAGACCUGUUUCCAAGUGCUCUACAACACUACUUGUGAAUUUGCUCAUGAAAUUGAGGAGGAGAGUGGUUGGAAUCUAGCAUUACCUCAUUUGAGCAAAGCG